CAAAUGCACAAUUAUGCAAUUUCCCAUUUUACCUGCUACUCUUCUUCUUCUUCUAUCUGCUCACCGUUCCAUCCUAUCUACACAAACAAGCAGCUUCCAUCACUUGACCAACCUCAAUUCUCCCCUCCCUCUCGCCGCGCCCAACUGCUUGCUUAAUUCGUGAGGGAAAUUAAAUUCCAAAUGUCGGAACUGCCCAUCUGGGUAGUCAAAAUUUCCUCCCUUUGCCCAACCUUGGUCGCGCAUGGCUGCUCGCACCUCUGAGCUUCAGCUCCAGCCGGCUAACAAGUUCAUGGAAGUAUCCAACGCUUGGUCUCGGCAACCCCAUCACGUAUUCCUCACUCCGCGCUCUCUUUCUUGUCUUUUGGGUUCCAGGAAACCCUGGUCGAAGUGCACGUGCCAGCGGAUAUCCCUUGACAAUGCACGGAGAUGUAGACUCCGUAGCACUAGGAGUCGCUAUCAUUUCAGAAUUCCGGUAAUGUCUGCAAAGAAAGGCAAUGGUUGUGUUUCCUCGGAAAGACUAUGUGAGGUAGUUUGGACUAUUGAAGCUGAUUUGCCAGAUGGUCAGUCACUGUACCUUACAGGUGAACUCACUCAGUUGGGAUGUUGGCAUCCUGGUAAGGCCAUCCAAAUGUUCCCUACCGAACACUCAAAUUUGUGGAGAGCUCAAAUGAAGAUUGCCCCCGGGAACUUCAAAUAUAAUUAUUUCAUGACGAAAGAAAGGUCAAAUUUAUCUGACAUCAAAUGGAGAACGGGUCCUGAAGUUUCUUUGUCAGUACCAUUCAAUGCCAAUCAGGAUAGCAGAGUUCUGGUGAGGGAUUCAUGGAGGAAGUUUAGUACUGCAAGUCCUCCAACUCAUGGAUGGGAUUCUUGGAUAGACGAUGCAUAUCUAACUGUCCAACCAUUGCCUGCGGCUCUACCGACAGCGCUUUGACAGAUGAACAAGAGAAUCUGAAGAGAAUUAUGUUUGAUAUAAAAGAAGCAAUGCACUCGCCAAAGUGGAAAAUCAAGGAUACAACCUAUGAAAGAGACCAACCUAUUGAAGAGCCAUGGUUACCCCUAUCAUCCACUGUAUUUAUUGUCUAUGAAGACAAGUCUAUUCCAGAUAUAUCAGGACGUAUAGAGGAUGAUGUCUCAAAAGUGGAUGUUGACAUCCAGAAUUACAAAUCUCCAGAUCGGUUGCCACCUGCAGACGUGAGCAAUCUGAUUUUGAAGGAAGAUUCAGUAUCUACCAUCAUAUUGAUUAAUUCUUCUAUAUGUACCAUGCAAAGGAUUGCUGUAUUAGAAGAUGGGAAAUUGGUUGAGUUACUGCUAGAACCAGUUAAAACUAACGUGCAGUGUGACAGUGUGUAUUUAGGAGUUGUUACGAAACUCGUCCCACAUAUGGGUGGGGCAUUUGUGAAUAUAGGAAGUCCAAGGCCUUCUUUCAUGGACAUAAAGCAAAACAGAGAACCAUUUAUAUUUCCUCCCUUUCGCCAAAGUAGCAAUAAAGAAGAGGAAAACGGUUCUGUGCUUGAAGCUUGUGAAGAAGAACAUACUGCUGCUAGUGAGAAUGAACACAUUUUACCUGAUGUUGAAGAAUUUAUCUCUCGGGGUGAUUUAGUUAAUGACGAGGAGCAUGAUAUUGAUGAUGAUUUUGACACUAUGGAAGAGAAGGAACAUCUUAAUGGGAGUGUAGUGGAUCUUGGAGAAGCAGAAGCUCACUUUGGGAAUUUCUUGGAUUUAAAAAACCAUCUGCUAGCUGAAACAACUGAUGGACCUUUCGACUCUUUGAUUUCUCAUUUACAAGAUACCAAUGCAUCAAAAAAUGGAAACAAGUGGAUCCAAGUUCGAAAAGGCACCAAGAUUAUUGUACAAGUUGUCAAGGAGGGACUGGGUACAAAAGGCCCUACAUUGACUGCUUAUCCAAAACUGAAGAGCAGGUUCUGGAUAUUGAGCACCCGGUGUGACAGAAUUGGAGUUUCAAAAAAAGUCUCGGGGGUUGAGCGAACUCGUCUAAGGGUCAUAGCGAAGACUUUGCAGCCACCAGGUUUUGGUUUAACUGUGAGGACUGUUGCUGCGGGCCAUUCCUUAGAGGAAUUGCAAAAAGAUCUAGAAGGGUUGCUGGCAACUUGGAAAAAUAUAAAGGAGGAAGCAAAAUCUUCUGCUCUUGCUGCAGAUGAAGGUGUUGAAGGGGCUAUUCCUGUGAUACUACACAGGGCCAUGGGUCAAACACUCUCUGUUGUACAGGACUACUUUAAUGAGAAGGUUCGGAAAAUGGUGGUUGACUCUCCAAGAACAUAUCAUGAGGUAACAAACUACCUUCAAGACAUUGCUCCCAAUCUUUGUAACCGGGUUGAGCUACAUGGUAGAAGGACGCCUCUCUUUGAUGAAUUCUGCAUUGAAGAAGAGAUCAAUCACAUCCUCAGCAAAAGAGUUCCAUUAGCAAAUGGUGGCUCCCUGGUAAUUGAACAAACAGAGGCUUUAGUGUCUAUUGAUGUGAAUGGCGGACAUGUGAUGUUUGGUCAAGGGACUUCACAAGAGAAGGCUAUUUUAGAUGUCAAUCUUGCAGCUGCCAAACAAAUUGCAAGGGAGCUGCGGCUUAGAGACAUUGGUGGUAUCAUUGUGGUAGACUUUAUAGACAUGGAAGAUGAGUCAAACAAGAGGCUAGUCUAUGAAGAAAUGAAGGAAGCUGUGGAGCGAGACCGGUCAACAGUGAAGGUCUCUGAAUUGUCGAAGCACGGACUCAUGGAAAUAACCAGGAAGAGGGUUCGACCGAGUGUGACUUUUAUGAUCAGUGAACCAUGCUCUUGCUGUCAUGCUACUGGAAGAGUUGAAGCUUUAGAGACAUCCUUUUCCAAGAUAGAACAAGAAAUUUGCCGGCAGCUUGUGAUGAUGGAAAUGAAAUCAGACCCGGAAAACCCAAAGACAUGGCCAAAAUUUAUAUUAAGGGUCGACCAGCAUAUGUCUGACUACUUAACUUCAGGGAAAAGGAAAAGACUUGCAAUCUUGAGUAGCUCCCUCAAAGUCUGGCUACUUCUGAAGGUUGCUAGAGGUUUCACAAGGGGAGCAUUUGAAGUGAAACCCUUCACAGACGAGACAGCAAGCAAGAAUCAGCAUCAGAUUGCCAUACAAGUCAUCCGACGAGCUGAAGCCAGAACGAGUAAGUCUGGCAGAAAAGUAACGCUUUUUCCCAUCAAGAAGAACAAGACUACUGGUGGCAGAUGAAGAAGUUUCCUGAGGCAGUAAUAGAGCACAUUCAUGCAGAGAACAUGAUGACACCUUUUCUUGUCUGAAAUGGUCUGUCUCUUUGAGAGGCAACUUUUUGGGUGCAGAAUACAGCUUGCUCCAGUUGGUCAACUAGCAAACUUGCUCGAGAAAUUGUCACGAUAGAUACAGAUCAAACAAGUUAUCAGCCAGGUAAUAUUUGGCAGAAUGAGCACAACUGAUCUAAAUAAGCACAGUGAGCAAGUUUAGUUUCUCACUGCUCUUAGAAGUAGAGCUUUCCCUUCACUUAUUCCCCAGGUGUUUACGCCCUGGACAGGUACACAACAUCGUUGUUCAGCAUUAAAGAAAUGUACCAGCGGUUUAGUUUUAUUCAUUCCUAUACGAGAAAUAUGUCGAAACUUGAUAUUGCCUUGACUAAACUUGCCCUCACGUAGAUCCAGUUAACAACAUCAAACCUGUGCAUAUACACGAUCCAUUUCAGACCCUUAACUAACCGAGACGGCCUUUCAGUCUUCCUCGUCUUCAUUAUCAUCAUCCGAUAAUAAAGCUUGGAAUCUGUUUUUGACAGCACUGUUAUUAUCAUGCUGCUGAUGAUUCUUGAUGGUCUUCUUUGGUAGUUUGGUGUCCAGUGUUGUUGCUUAGUUUGUAUUGCGAAGCAGGGGAUCCCGUUUCCCGUUUCUUGGGUUGUAUUAUUCAUUCAGGCUUGCUAGCCGAACCUUUUCAAUCUUCCUCGUCUUCUUCAUUAUCGGCAUCAGAUAAUAAAGCUCGGAAUCUGUUGUGACGGACGUUUUCAACAAUGUUAUUAUCAUUAUGAUGAUGAUGAUGAUGAUUCUUGUUCUUGACAGUCUUCUUUGGUAAUGUCCAAUAGUAUGGAUCACCAGUUUCAUUUGCGGUGCCGAGUAGGUACCUUUCCCGUUUCCAAGCCUUCUUCUUCCUCCUGUCAUGAUGCUUUCUGUGUAGCUUUGAAAUAUCCCAAGGCAUGGGGAGGAACCAAAAAAAUGAGGAGCAACUCUUUUCGUCACUAGUACAGCACUGAAGAUCACUUCUUUCGAACCUCCGAUUAGCAAGAUGGAAGACGCCGUUCCAACCACCGCAUCCAGAUCUGCGCUGUCGCCGCGUUCUACCACAGCAGCCCAAGGCAAAGUAAAUACGGUUGCCUCUAUCCGCCCCAUUACCUACCAUGGUGGUAGAGGCGGCGGCGGGGAGGCAAAACGAUUGAUGGCCGCCGAUAAACACAGCGCACCCAUUCAAACUCCUCACUUCUUCCCAGUAAUACUUACUGCUACUGCUGCUGCUGCUACCGCCUUCAUUAGCAGCAGGCGUGACUACCACCAGCUUGUACACCUGGUGGUAAUAUUCGCGGCAGACUACGUGGAGCUCUCCGUCGAGUUGGAACAAGUGAUAACAAGCCAUUCUUUCACGGACGUGGUAUUCGUCGUAAUUGUAGUAAGAGUCAGAGUCAGAGUCGUCGCUACAACAUGAUAUCAUAGCUUCGGAGAAUGAGAAUGCUCUAACGACAGGCGAAGCAGCAGCAGCAGCAGAAUCAGAAGAGCCGAGCCUGCGAUAAUCG